UGAAUUCAUAAACAAAACAAAUACAGAACGGAUGCAAGCUCAAUGCCAGCUAAAGUUGAAUUUAGUUCUUCGAAAAUAAUUAUUUCCUUUUAGCAAUUAUUUCUUUCUGAGGAAUAACCAGUAACUAUGUUUUAGUUAUGUUGUAUCCAUUUUAUGAAGUUAUUUUUGAAAAAGUCUCCAUAUCUUGAUGCAUCCCUAUGAUAAGAAAUAAAGAAUUGAAAGCCAAAGUAUGGAUGAGAGCUCAGAAGCCGUUGACCCCAGAGUUAAAGAUCAAUUGGAGUAUUUAAACUCUUAUACUGAUGAGAUUAAUAGCCUUGAACUUCAGCUUGAUGAUGCAAAUGCUACAUUUCGCAACACUUUGAGUGAAUAUAGUCAGAGACUGAAACUGAUUGCCAAAAAGUUAGGCAAGUGUGUCCGCAUUGCAAGACCCUAUUAUGAAGCCGAAGAAGCAGCUCAAGCUGCUAAACUUGAGUGUGAAGAGGCUGCUAUUCGUUAUCACAGGGCAUGCAGUGCUCAUAAAGAAGCUCGGGAAACUAUAGCAAUGGCAGAAAAAAAGUUUGAUUCGAAAAAAGACGAUUAUCAGUUUGAUGCUGCUUGGCAAGAAAUGCUUAACAGAGAAACUAUAAAACUAAUGAAUGCAGAAGCUUUGAAAGAAGAAAAUGAGCUUGAACAUAAGAGAACAACUCAAACUUUUUCUGCUGCAGUAGAAAAAGUUAAAAUCUUAGAACAGCAAUUGAAAAAGGAGAUAAUUAAAUCUAGAUCAUAUUUUGAACAAAAGAAAGUGUUCCUAAAAGUCUUGCAGGACUUAAAAACUCGUGUUGAAUCUUUACAAAGAGCUGUUAUGGAUUCUAAAGCGUCCUAUGCUGCAUGCUUGCAUAAUCUAGAGAUGAUAUCAAGUGAAAUUCAUGAAAGGAGAAAGCUAAACUUGCCACCUAGGGAACCUGGCGUCGGAGCUGAAUGGGAUGCCAAAGCUAAUGCUGAAAUUUCUAUUCGUCCUCCUUUGUCAAUGAUAAAAGUUUGGGACUCGGAAAGCAUAUCUUCUGCUACCGAAACUGAUGUAACUUCUGAUAACGAGAAUUUGUGUCAAGAUUUGUCUUUGGAAUCAAGUUUGAAAUUUACUCCAAAUCUAAACAAACCACCUAUGGAUGUAAGUGAAGAUGAAAAAGCUACAAGUGCCAACAUCAGCCGGCCUGGUGAUCUUCCCCUUCCACCUUCCAACAUGAAUGAUACUCCGUCCACAUCUACCGAUGAAAAAAUAUGUGAUUUGUUCGAAGACGUAGAUCUGAAUUCAUAGCAAAAUAGAAAGAAUAUAACUAUCUGGUUUAGAUUUUCAUAAUUGUAUCGUUGAUUUUAAAUAUUUUUAUGAUUUUAUUUUGUUUUGUUUUUUUUCCCUCAUUUUUAUUGCAUUUACCUCAUUUUUCUUUUUUAUUAAAGGAAACAUUUUUCAUUGAAGUUUUUCUGAUUUAGUUAUUCGUGUUCUCUUUGUUUUGAAAAAUUAGUUUUAUGUGAUAACCUGCAAUUCUUUUUUAAAAAAUUGUUUGCUUAGAUUUUAGUUUACUGUUGGUGAUUGAUAGAUUUUAGAAGUUAAAAACAAAAUAAUUAAAUUUACUCCUUUUGGUGGUUAAAAUCAAUAUUUUUUUUCUAUUAUGUAAGCACUUCUGCUACAUUUUUUUAAUAGUUAUGUAAUUUUUUAAUAACCAUUAAAGUAUGUGAAUUUUGAGACUCUAUUAAUAUAAUAUUAAAUUAUGUUGAUAGCUCAUUUGCAUAUAUGUGUAGCGAAUAUUUGAAAAUAGUCAAGUGAGAAAAAGAUAGACUGGUGCUAUGUGAAUAAAGUAAAACAGUGACAAAAGAGUACAAAUAAUGGUGUGACAUCGGUUCCAUUAUAAAGGACAUUC